AUGGCAACGACAACGACUGAGACUCGCACAGCCGCUGUGCCGGAGCGAAAGGACCUGUCGCAGUACGACUUCGCCAAUCUGGAGCCGUAUGAGCACCCCCCUGAGACCAAGGCAGAUCUACCGUGGUCAGAGCUUGUCACGCUUGAUCUGGAAGAUUUUGACCGUCCGGGUGGUAAAGAGCGACUCUCAAAACAACUUGAACAUGCUGUCCACCACGUAGGAUUUUUCUACGUGAAGAACUUCGGCAUCAGUCAAGAGAAGGUCGACAGGCAGUUCACACUAGCAAAGCACUUCUUCAAGCUCCCAACGUCCGAGAAGGAGAAAUACGAGUUAGACUACGCCAACGCCGACUACAACGGCUGGCGGCGUCCCGGCCGCUCCCUUGUCGCCCAAGCCCGCGACAACAUCGAGAUUUACAACUUCCCCAAGUUCACAGACGACUUUAAGGGUAAAUACGGCCAGCCUGAUCUGCUGCAGGCGCAUCUCCCCGAGAUCGAGGCGUUCCAGAAAGCACUCCACGCAAAUGUGGUACUCCCAUUGCUGCGCCUCUUCGCCAUCGUGCUGCAGCUCCCGGACGAAGAGUACCUCGUCAAGCAGCAUACGUACGACCGCAAGAGCGAGGACCACAGCAGGUACAUGCUCUACCACCCCCGCACCGAGGCCGAGUGGGCAGAAGCAAAGUACGGCGCGACGGGGGGCCAUACCGAUCUGGGGACGCUCACUCUGCUGUUCCGCCAGCCGGUCGCGGGCCUGCAGAUCCUUGGUGAGGACGGGAAUUGGACGUGGGUCUCUGCUCAGCCGGGAACUAUCACGGUCAAUCUCGCAGAUACUAUCUCCCAUCUCACGGGUGGAUGGCUGAAGUCGUCUGUUCACCGCGUCGUGGCGCCGCCGGAGGAUCAGAGACAGUACAGUCGAACGGGGUUGUUGUACUUCGCGCGACCGCACAACGAUACUAAGUUGCUGCCCAUUACGGAUAGUCCGGUGCUGGAGAAGGCUGGAGUAAGACCGCGAUUCGACAAGAUUGUCACUGUGGAGGAGUGGGUCAAGGCGAAGCAGACACUGCAACUAAAUCCCGAGGAGACAAAGAAGCGGUGGAAAGAGGGCAAGGUGGAGGUUCUGGCUGGGUUCCACGAUCAGAGGUAUAAGGAGUAG